UCUCUUUGGAAAAUGUUCGCUGUGGUAUGCAUCCAAGCGUUGACCUAACACCUUCCUUUACGACCGGCACAGCUUGAACAGUGACAUGAGAGUAUGAAAAUCGGCUAUGUCCUAGUGCCCAGGUUCUGCGCAGCGGCAGUGGGCCUCGGGGAAGAAGGAUGGCAUCCUAUUUUCCGCGCGCAGACGAGUUUGUGCUGGACUUUGAUGCCGAGGAGCAAGCCCAGCUUCAAAUUCUGGCGCUGGCAGCCGGCCAGCCGCUGUUGACAAUUGCUGGUGCAGCCGCGGGGCCUGGAGCUCCUGCUGCUACGGUUGCUGCUGCUGCGAAACGUGGGCUAAAACCUGCCGCUGGUGCUGCCAGCACCAAUCGCGGCACCGCGCAAACGCGGAAUGGCGGCCCAGGGCCUAACAAUGCCCUUGCCGGCCGUGGCAACACCUCAGCAGCUGCUCCUCCUGGGCGCAUAGACUCCGAGUUGGAUGCGCUUAGGCGCGAGAUCGCGCGCCUUGAGCAACUCAAGAAACAGGGCGCAUCCAAGCCAGCACCGGCAGCGCAGCCAGGACAGGCAGCCGCACGGCAGCAACCGGCCAGUGGCCGAGUCGCCGCACGCAAGACGCAGCAGGUCCCAGCCCUCUCCUCAUCUUCAGGAGCGGCAGCAGCUGGUUCGGCACCUGCGGGAGAGGCACAGGUGCCCCUGGCAAAGUCGCCAACGGCUAGGGCUGGAGCAAGGGCCGUGCCUGCAGGGGCCGCUCCUUCUGGCACGGGGGCACAUGCUGCAAAGCGCGCGCGCUUGCAACCUGGCAACAAACCGACUGAUACCGCUCAAGCCGCCCAGGCAUCUACGGGUGUUGCCAGGUCCGCCACAGCGGGGAAUGCGACAGGCGCCUCCGCCCCGCCUGAUACGGCCGUGUCGUCAGCAGCAACUCCAGCUUCUUCAGAGCAGGGGGCUGCGGCCGCGGCACCUGCGGAGGGCACCGCUCGCGCCGAGCAGCUUGCCGGUACCAAGCGAGGGGCAGAUGCAGAAGCUGUGGGUCCAGGUGCGCAGCAGCUACAACAGCAGCGACAGCACCUGGCGAACCGGCAGCAGCCUCGGAGCCAGCAGCCCCCCUCAGCAGACGCCGAUGCCGGGCCCGGGAGUACGGCGCAAGAGGCAUCAGAGGGCCCACGAGAGGGUGGUGCUGGCGGUGACGGCAGCGAUGCAGCGGAGGGUGUAGCAGCCCGAGGGCCACUACAGCUUCCUGGCACUGUGGGGCCCGGCGGCAGCGCGCAACCACCUGAUCAGGCGGGGCCGGGGCCACCAGCCAAACGCCCCCGCCGGGCUCUGGCGCCAGCUGGCAGCGGCGGGAGCGGUGGCGGCGCCAGCAGCGGGGUUGGCGUCAUGGCGUCAGGCCAUGGCUUGGGGGACCAAGCCGGGGGUGCUGAGCAGCUGCAGCAGCGGGCAGCUGGUCCCGCGACGCACUCCGGCCCUGCUGUGGUUGGAACAUCUGGUAGGGAUGCUGGGCGACAGGAUGCGGACGGGGAGGUCGUUGUACGGCAGCGGGGGCAGGCGCUCGCAGCGGAAACGAUAUCUCCCGAGGCGGAGCAGGCGGCGAAUGCCUUCCUGAUGUCCCUGCUGACCCAGAUGGGUGGAGGCGCCGCCGGCAGUCAGCAUGCUGCCCCGCAGCAGGCGCCCAUGCCACUACCCCCCCUAGAACGCCAGCAGCCGGGGUUGGUGGGGGUUGGGUUGGGAGGCGGGCAGCACGACGGAGAGCGGCCGCGCGAGGAGCCGACCGCACCUGGGUCGCAGGAGCCGGGGGCGUUGUUGCGGGACGUCCAGCAACCCCUAUCGGGCCCCAGCGGGCAGGGGCGGCAUGCGGGAGGCGCUGGCAGCUGGGACAGGGACGCAGCAGCGGGGCCGACAGAGCGAGCGACGCGCGGGCACGGUGCACAAGGUACUGCUGGCAUGUCCUCAGCGCGGCGAGCAGCAGCGGAGCGCACGACAGCAGCGGUGCAGCGCAUGCGGCGCAAGUCCGCCGUGGCAGCAGCGACACCCGUAGCAGCAGCAGCAGCGGGCCCAGGGCGCCCGAACAACUCACCUGCAGACGGCCCCUGCACCAUGGCUGCGGGGCCCCAUACAGCCGCCCAUCCUGAAGCAGGGAAUGGGGUGCUAGUGGGGAGCUGUCCUAACCUCGUGGACGACCCCCCACACAGCGAACAGGUGCUGCCGGUUAUGAGGGCAGACGGUGGAUGUGACGCAUGCGCUGCUGCGGAGAGCGCGAUGCCGCUACCGGCGAGUGCAGGCCUCCUCCCAGACAUCAUUUCCCGGCUCCCGCUGGAGUCCCGUACAGCGCUGGCGGAGGCGCUAGCGCCCGUGCACACCGCACAGACCUUGCCACAGAUACCGACAGCUGCUACUGAUGCUGCUGUUACCGAACCGGACACCACACCUCGGUCUGGCGAGGGCGGCACGUUGGGCCCGCCUGCAGAGCAACCGCUGAGAGCCAUGCCAAACGGCCCUGUUGGGCAUGUGGCCGCGCUUGCUGCAGCAGCCUGCCAACCUGGCAUGCUGGUGCCGCCCCCCUUGGAGCACCAGCAUGUUGGCGUGCGGGACCCGGACGUCCUGCUGGGCGCAGUCGGAUCCCCCGUGGGCGCCCCGCCGCAGCCCCCGCUGUCCGCUGCUACGACGCCCUCUCGGCUGCCGUACGACUCGGCAGCUGCUGUAGCUGCUGCUGUGGCAGACAUGCCGGCACCCCCCAACCUUGCUGCCCGCAUGCCACCGCCCGGUGGCCUCCCAGCAGAGUUCCCAGCUCAUCCUUGGGUGCAGGGCAGCACAGCAGGCCGGGGCUCCGCACCUGCUGAGCCGGCGCCACUGCCCGCCAUGCCAGCGGGUGCACUGCUCCAGCAGCAGCAGCACGAGGUGCGCCCACCGCCGCACCCAGGGCCGGGGUUGGGAGCUCCCUCUGGUCCGGACUACGGCUGCGCGGGGGCGCCUAACGGCUUCCCUGCCGCACCCCUCAGAGGAGGGGCCGUUGCCGGCAGCGCAGGCGAGCAUGCAGGGGCGACAGCUGCGGCCCCAGCUAGCCUACCGCUGCCCCAAGGGGGACUUCCUCCACCGCCCGUUGCUCCUCCCGGCCUGGCGCACGGCGCUUUCCCCCCUCUGGCGAGGCCACCACCCGGACUGCAGCCCCCUCACCCAUACCUUCAUCCACCCGCUUACCCGAUGCACCCUCUGCCUCCGCCACACUUCCCCGGUGCCUUCCCGCUGGGCCCCCCUGCUGGCCUGGUUCCGGGGUGGCGGCCGGGGCUGAUGGGGCCGGGACCGGGGUCCGGGCUGGUGCCGCUGGCUGGCGGGUGCGCGGCGAUACCGGUGGAGGAGGUGGACCUUCUGGCUCGCAAGGAGCUGCUGCUGCUGAAGUGGCGGAUGCUGCAGGAGCUGGCCGCCGACGUGCAGGGGGAGUGGCGGGACGUCUGCAUGGCGCAUAACCGCCUGCGCACCCAGCUGCGGCCGCUUCCGCAGCCCCCGCAGCAGCCCCCGCUCCGGCCGCCCGACCAGCCUACCAGUGCUGCUGCUGCUAGCGGCGGCGGCCUAGCUCCCGGGGCGGUGCAGUCCCCCGCGGCCCCUUGCCCCACCCUGUCCCACCCGCUCCAGCACCACCCAGCGGCUCAGCAACCACUCCAAGGGGGGCAGCAGUACCCGCAUCCGGUCCCGCCCCCGCGCCUUCCUGACCAGCCCAUGCUGCCGCCCGCGGGGCCCGCGCAGCUGCUGCCCGGACACCCGCCGCAUGCCGGACAGCCACAUCCGCAUGGGGCCUAUCCCCCGCAGCUGCAUCCGCAGCCCCUGUCCCUGCCCCACCAGCCGCUGUCCGGCGGGAGCCUGCUGGGAGCCGCUGCAGGGGCAGGAUGCGCCGCUCCUCCCGCUUCCGCUCCUGCCAUGCUGGCUCCGCCUGCUGCUCCUGUGGCGCCUGCAUGCGGGCCCCAGGCUGACGGCUCCCGGACCGCUGCCAGCGGGGUGCAGCACGGCGCCUCGUACGAGCGCGCAGAAGUAGAUCCGAUCCUGCAGAACCAGCAACAACAAGCACAACAGCGGCAGCCACCACUACCAUUACAACCGCAGCAGCAACAAGGGCAGCAGCUGACGGACCGACAAGUCCAGCACCACCGGCUGUUUGCCUGCUUGGAACACCCGCCAGCUCAGUUACAACCCCUGCAACACCCCCUGCAACAAAUCCAACAUCAACAGCAGCCCCCAGGACAGGUGAUGUGCCCCGAGCAGGACGCCCCCAUGCAGCAGCAAGGCCAGUACGGCGCACCUCUUGGCCACCCCCAGCAACAGUACCAGGGGGGCGUCUUCCCAGCGGUGGUGGAGCACGGUGCUGCUGCCUUCCUGGCACCCUGCCUCCAAGAGCACCGUGCAACCCACCAGCAGCAGCCGCAGGUUGUUAACCUGGGCGGCGGCGGCGGCAACCGGCCGGCAGGUAUUGACACCUUCCGACACCUGCCUGAAGGGCCGCAUGGCCAGCAGCAGCAGCAGCAGCCUUCCGCUUCUGCAGGUCAGCCGGGGUCGGGGCCUGCUCCAGGUAUGGGCGGGGCCGUACCUUCACGCCAUGGAGGGGUCGUCCAGCACGGGUGCAGCCAGGCGGAUGUCCUGCUUGCGGACAACACCCUGCCGCGUUGGGAGCACCAGGGGCAGCCGGGGGGGCAGCCGCCGCAGCAGCAGCCGCAGCCUGCGCACUUGGCGGCGGCAGCGGUGUUGGGCCACCCCGGACAAGCAGCUGCAGCUGGAGCGGAUGCGGCCCGGUUGGUAGUAGCGGCGGGCGCCCAAGGUGGGUUGGGACGGUGGUCGUCGCGUUUUUCUCUGCGUCGUUAUGGGGGAUAGCCUUGUCAUGGGACGAGCAUGCGCGGACCAAGAUGAAUGAUCGGAUUGGACACUAACAGCGGCAUGACUGUUGCCAAUACCUGCCAGCAUGUUGGUUGUUUGCCGAAAGGAACCUUCCCUGCCGGGGCGCCCCCGGGGCACACCACCUGCCCCUCUGCUCCCUCUUCCCUUUCCUCCUCCGCUUUCCGUGGCGUAUUCCGUUUGCUCUUCAGCUCAUCCAGUUGCCGGCGGCGUGCUCCACUCGACAGAGCCUGCUCCGCCUCCUCACGCUCCCCAAUACUCCGACACCACUGCUCCAGCCAACGGCGCGCCGGCUGCGGGUGCUGGGAGCGCCACGCCCGGGCCCGUUUGGACGCCUUGGUCGGAGGCGGCAGGGGCACAGCCAGGCACCUCGACAGGCGGCUUCGGAGGGGCGGCACGCACCGAGGGAGCAGCAGCAGGGGAGCUAGCGGGCGGUGUGGGCGAUGGAGGUGGCGACAGCGGCACCAACGGCAACGGGGUCAGCUGCGACGGCGGCGGUGGCGAGGGUGCCGGGGGCCCCAGUAGUGGUGCUGCCGGUAACGGCGGAGGGGGC